AUGAAACUGUGAACUCUGAUGUUCUGCAAUACAGACUGAAGUCCUUACAGGCUAAUACACAAUAUACUGUCUAUAUUAUGGCAAACAAUGAAGCUGGUGGGACCAGUGGAGAGCCAAAAACCUUCAAGACUUUGAAAUUCAAUAAAGAAGAUGUUAUUUUCAUUGCUCUACCCAUUGGAUUAAGCCUGUUGUUUCUGUUAGGCCUUUGGAUAACAUGCAUUUUGAACAAACACGUGUUUAAAAAGAUUUGCUGGCCUGAUAUACCCAAUCCUGCAGAGAGCAUUGCAGUGGAAUGGCCGCUUGAUACAUCUGUGAAUAAUUCAUUCUUGAAGGGAGUGACAUCUGAGGCUAAAACCAUAGACUUUGAAGAUAUAAGUGUUUUGGAACAUUGUUUACCUGAAGAAAGUCAGGGAGGAUCACUAGUAAGGAAUUGUGAAGACCAUGUUUCUGAAUGUACUGAUACUAAUACAAAAGGCACAGUUAAUGGCGAUAAAAAGAUACUGUGUAAUGAAGAAAAUGAAGUUGCUAAACAUUUUUCACCAUCCGUGCCUUACGUAAUUACUGACCGAGGUACCACAAGUCAAACACAUUCAGCUUUGAUACCAGCGAAGGAAAUCCAACCCAUAGAAAUGCUGGAAGAUGAUUUUUGUGAAUCCCAACAGACUUCAAUUAAAAAUGAAGAAGGUGAUCAUGAAGAAGUUUUAAAGCUGGAAGAUUUCAGUGGAAAAGCACAGUUCAAUCCAUACCUUAAAAAUUCUGUUAAAACAAGGGAAUUUCUUAUUUUUGAGAACUUGCCAGAACACAGUAAGAAUAAACCCCAAAGCCAGUCAACUGUCUUACCUCUUUUUCAGCCAAAUGUUGCAGGACAAUCCUACGUAACAUUGGACAUGUUCGGGCUGGCCACAGCUCAUUAG